UAAUGAUGCGCGCGCAGAAUCAAGGACAACAAUAGAGCCACAUGGAUACUUGGGAAAAUGUUGACACUAUACACAAAGUCGAUAUGUCAUUUUUCGCCCUAUAAUUGUUUUCCCUAAUUUACAUAAAUCGUACUAAUUCAAUAUAAAAAAGCUUUAGGGUCACUGUUAGGGAAAAAAAAAUGAUGCUUCCAAGCUAUAUGGAAUUCAAAAGAAGCACAAGCUUUGGACAAUAAUUUGGAAGUUAAAGACGAUUCUGACGUGAACUUUAAAGAGUCACAGUCAACACCAUGAAAGAUUGUAUUCCAAGUAAUAAAAGACAUCUCAAGGCUUUAAAAUGGCAAAUACCUGAUCACUCAGAUAGCCCAGUUUCAGUAGAAGGUUGUGUUAAUGGGGGCAUUGUUGCCUGUAAUAGUGUUUCCGGAAUUUGCAUAGAGCAUUUUUUUCAGUUGCUGCCAGAGUUUGCAUAAAGCAUUUUUUUAUUAGUUGCAUUUAAGUAUCGACUAAUCUUAAGCCAGAAUUUAUCUGGGACCAGAACUAAAAGCAGAGUAAAAAGACACAAAAUGAGCCUGCUAGAUGUUUUACAGCGCAUGUUUGGUAGUGUGGCAUUGGGUAUCAGAGAUGUUUUUGUGGGGGCUGUUAAAGCUUAUAAAAUGGAGGGUGAAAUCAUUCAUGUGACACCUGCCAAGAAAACACCUGAACGGAUAUCUGAACUGGCCAGACGUCGUGCUGAAAGAGAUAGGCAUAAGGAACCAAAAGAAACAUCCAGCAUAAGCAAGAUGGGUAUCAGAUACCGAAUACUUCGAUCCUGGCUGUGGAAUGGAGGGGUUUGCUUGCUCAGCUUGCUCUUGUUUUACAACUUGCUGCUUCCUUGUCUUGCCUGGAUGUUUGAUGCAGCAGCAUCUAGUGAUGAUGACCACAUCUGGAAUCAGCUUGUGUUUGUGCUUGGAUUCGUGUUUCAAAGCUGCUGGGUCAUGCCAUUGUUAAGUUUGUCACGACUUGUCAACCUUCUGUGGUUUCAGGAUAUCGCUGAUGCAGCAUAUAUCAAAUUGAGAGGCAAACCCCAGCUUCCAAGUUUCAGCCUUAUCAUAGCUGACUUAGCAUUUGGCUUUAUUCUGCAGAUGUUUUUCAGCAUACAGACAACAUUGUUCAGCAUUGUGCCAGUGGCAAGGCUAGGGGAGAUCAUUGCUUUAUUCCACAUGGGAGUACAGUAUGGACUGUAUGCCUUUGAAUACAAGUGGUUUAACAUGGGUAUUGAGCCACAUGUGAGAGUGCAUGUGGUAGAGAAUAACUGGCCAUACUAUCUGGGCUUUGGUCUACCUCUCGCACUUUUGACUUCCUGUUUCACGUCCUAUGGUGUCAGGUAUUUCGUCUCGGCUCUCCUGUAUCCAGUCUUGAUUGUCAGUGCAAAUGAAACAGAAGAGCCAAAGCAGCCAUUCAUCUUUUCAUUGAAAAUAUAUGGGCCAGCAAUCUACUUGAGCAAUGGACUGCUGCGCACAAUGAGCAAAGUACGAUCUUUUUUCAAGACAAGGUCUGACAGAGAGAUAUCUGUGGUAUCCGAUUAGCAGUGGAAAUGAUAAGUGAUUUCUUUUGCCUGGUAUUUAAGAGCUCACAGUUUUCAUUGUUUCCAGCAUCUUCAACUGAAGUAUGACCACAUUUUUUAUGAAAGAGAAGCUUGUUUCAUGGGAUUAUUUUACUUUGCUUUUGUUUUUUUAUUCCACUCUUCCUUUAUUUCAAACAAAAUGUUUAUUAUGUGGGAAAAAUACACAAUCGUCUUGUUUCCAGACUUACAUCAGUUUGAGAGUUCCUGUUUUUGAAAAUAGUCUAAUUGCAGUUAAGAUUAUUUUCACCAUCUCCUGUAACCUUUUAAACAUUUCUUUUUGCCACAGUGCAAAGUCACCAACAUAGCUGUGGGUAUGUUGUUUUCCAUAUAGUCCUGUACUCCCAGGAAAUUUCCUAUGAUCAAAUCAGUCACAGGGUGUUUGAUCACACAACAUUGCAAGUAGCCUUUAUAAAAAGGUGUGUCCACUAACACGCGAGCUACGGGGAAAGUUUCAAUAUUUUCCCCAAAUGUUAUGCAUGCCUGGCUGUGACCCAAAUAUUCAUUGUCCUGAACCAGGUCAGCAGGAAUUCCUGCUGUCGUUGCUCCAGUGUCUCGCAACACCUGGAUGGUUCUACCUCAAACUGUCCCUGGGUAAAGUUCUAGUCGUCUCAGUUCUUCUUGCGUUGAAGAAGAGCAUAGAAUGCCAAUAUUUGCUGGUUUUGGAGGUUCUCGAUUGUCAGGCUUGGGGGUUUUAGUCCCUAGCGUGUUUGCACACACUCGGGCAAUGUGUCUGAAUCUCCAGCAUGCAUAGCACUGGAUCUUCCUAAUUAAAGUCGGAGACCUCUUUUCCGGUGAUGGUGGAGUUGUAUACUCAUCCGUCGUGGUGAUUACCGCCCAGUUGGUCAUACCUCACUGGAUCCUCUUCCCAGUACAGAGUGAGCCCUUGGAGAGUAGCCAUGACCCUGCAUGCGAUUGUCACGCGGCCUGCCCUUGCGAGGAGAACGCGUAUUUCCACCUGUAGUUUGGCUCACACUGGCGAACAUUGGAUUGUCACUACUUCGGGCCAUAGACUUAUAGGAAUGGGCUUGGCGAUAACAUUCUGCACUAUCUAUCAAUCAUUUCCUUGGCACUCUGGAAGUUUCUUUCUCUCAAAAAAAACCUGCUAAAUCGCUAAACACACUUUGCAGAAUCUGCUCUCUUACUUACAGGUCAUGAAGUCCUUCAUGUUUUUUUAAUUUUGGACAAAUCAAUCCAACUAUUGAAAAUCCGACGUCAAGUUUGAAAAGAAUGCAUUGACUCUUGAUUUUGAUGUUUCGCCGAUCUAAAUUUAUCUCAAAAUCCUUUGGUGGUACACUGAAACUUGAUUAUCAGUUCUCGUUUUAGUUUGUCGUAAUCUAUGGGACCCUGUACACAGCCUAUCAUAUAACAGGAGGGCUUCUCCAUGAAAAGCCGUGGACAUUUGUAAGGGCCAAAUAUCUUUGAGCCAUUUAAGAGUCUGUGCCUGAGCUUCAAAUCAUCUCACAAAGGCGUUGAUAUCAUCAGUGUCCUCUUUGAAUACUUGGAUCUUAUGGGUGAGUCCUCUUGGGGCUUGGUUCCCAUUACUGCUUGAUGCACUCGAAUUGGUUCCCCGCUCAAGACGUAGACUCUCUAAUUAAAACUGAUGCUUGGCUUCACUUUCUCUUGCUGCCCUUUCAGCCUCAGCUUCUUCCUUCUUAACUAUCCUAUCAGCCUCGUCUUUCUCAGCUAUCCUAUCAGCCUCAUCUUUCUUAGCUAUCCUAUCAGCCUCUUCUUUCUUAGCUAUCCUAUCUUCAUAUCUUUCCUGUCGCUCUAGACACUGUAGGACAUAUUUAGCAAAGGCUUCGUCUCUAAGACCAAUCAGUUCACAUUCCCUUAGGUAAGCAGCUACAUCCCUAGUCGGUACUGCCAUGUUUACAACAAUUCACUACUCACAGGUUAAUGCUAUUAAACUGCAUGGGUAAACAACCACUCAAAGUUUUCAAACCUAUACACAGUAAAGCUCUAAACCUGCACCAGGUUCACCAGAAUUUCACAGAAGUUAACAAAAUCAGUUCUCAAACAACAUGUAAACAUCCACUAACCUCACCAGAGGUAUGUCAACACAGCUACCGCAAUAAAAUCAAAUUUCAGGGAUCAACAAGCAAACAUCCAAUAACUUCACCAUAAAUAUGUAAACAACUACAAUAAUAUUAACUUGCCUCAAACUGUCAUAACCAACCAUCAAAGGGAAACAUUCAUGAUUCCGAGAAUCCCCAAAAUGCACGGGUAUUCUCCCCAGUGUCACAAUGAAGCAUAUAAACACAAAUCAAAUUGAGAAAAUUGGUUGUCGUGCAUAAAUAAUAGAGUCAAACAAUGCCAUUGGUACAAUACAUAAUCAGCCCAAAAUUUUCUUAAAAUCUUAAGGGAGCAAAAGUGACCCUGAAAAGAAGACAAUAUUUAUACUCCUUAUCACUCACUUAGCCAGACAAGAAGAACAGAAAGUUUAGAGACAGACGAGAGACAGGAAGGCACGGGAACUAGUCCCUUACUAUGGGUAGAACUAUACAGACCCGUAGAACUGGAGACAGGAUCACAGGAUGGUAUAAAUAUGCAUAUCAGAAAAUCAAAGGACAAACACAGGACAUAUCAAGCAAUAUCUGUAAUGAACUUGAAAAGGAAUAAAUUACAAGACAAACAACAAUAUUACCAUCAGUAACAAAAAAAAAAAAAA